GUUACAGAGGCGCCAAGAGGAAAGGGGUGUCAUGUGACGUGCGUGGCAUCAUGUGACGUCACUUACCAACAAAAACACUUCACUAACCUUGUAGAGAACAGCGUGAACUAUUUACUGAACGAACUUAGAUGUGUCGUAAGGUGGAUCGCUAAAGCUUCAAGGUAAAUUAAUUCUUCAGUCAUCCCAGGAAAACGAUUUGCUAUACCUGUUCGAGUCCGCAAAGUACGCAAGAACAAGAAACAUGGACACCUCCACUCACGUCAGUUCCAAUGGAAGUCCGUCUUGCCCGAGCGGUGUUUCUGUGUUCUUCACAACAGCCAUGGCUGUGAUAAGCUUAGCAGCGUUUAUUGGAAACAUUCUGGUUAUUGCUGCGGUGUACAAAACGCCAAGCCUCAAAACAAGCGCCAAUUACUACUAUGUGAACAUGGCGGUCUCAGACUUUCUUUCCAGCCUUACCACCUGGCCUCUGUACCUUACUAACGAGAUUAUAACAAGCCGGGGAAGUCUCAUACAAGGUCCUCUGGCAACUGUUGGAUGCAAAGUGGGAGUAUUUUUCAGAGUGGUAUCCAUUACGGUCUCCAUACUAAGCCUGGUGUUGAUCGCUGUCGACAGAUUCGUGGCUAUUUUAUUUCCAUUGAAAGCCACGCUCAUUACACGAAAAAUGAGGGCUGCUCUACUGCUCACAACGUGGUUUGUGUCGAUAGCUUAUUGCAUUCCCAUGGGCUACUAUUUCAGAGCGGAAAAAGUUGGUCAAGAAACAUACUGCAAAUUUGCGUGGAAUGACUCUGCACUCAUGAUUUACUACAUUACGGGCCUGGUCUUGUUCCAGCUAUUACCAUUACUUGCAAUCAUCAUUCUUUAUUCCCGUAUCAUGAGUGCAUUGAGGCAGAGGUCAAACGCAGAAUACACUGCUAGGUGCGGAUGUAAUAACCAACAAAACAGAUGUAAGCAGACCCAAAACUUCAUGAAGAUAUUCAGGUCAAUCGUUGUUGUGUUGUUCACCUGGUUUUCUCUUUUUACCCUGUAUUUGAUUCUGAAAAUCAUUUCCCCUGCACUUUUUAUCAACGACCGGUGCAAGUGGAUUUUAGGUUUUACCUAUUUUUUGAUUCCAUCUCUUGGCAUAGCAAUCAAUCCGGUAAUUUUAUUCACAUAUAGCACUAAUUUUCGCCAAGCUCUGCCUAGGCUGUUGCCGUUUUCUUUCAGACAAUCCCGUUCAAGUUGCACAGUGACAGCCACGUCACGGCGGCCAAAACUUAUCCAACUACAUUUUAGAGAAAUUUAAACAGAGGUCGGGUUAAAUAUGAGGUUAUUUUAUUAAGGUCAAGUUGCUGGCAUACUGUUGUCAGGUGAGUUGAGAAAUCAUGGAAAUCAAGAUAGCUCUAUCGCUCCCGUUCAAGAAAACUAAGGAUAUGUGCGCUUUAUAAAUACGAUUAUUAUUAUUAAUAUUUAUUCAGAUAGCCAAUCGCAGCGAAGAUUAGCUUCAUCUCAGCCUGCGCGCAAAGCUUGUCAUUAAACAGUCAGCAUCUGGUUAAAAACUGGAUCAUUGAAUAAUCCAAUUCAAGAGUUUUCAUUGGCAGA